GUCUGUGCUCACGUACGAUUGUAGUUCUCAAUAAUCGUUUGCGUUUGUUUAUUAGUUGUCUUUAUUCUGUGUGUUUGUAUGUGUUUUUGAUGAUGGAUGCGCAUGAGUGAUGUUUUCCUUCGCUGAUGUUGUGAUCUUUGCUGCUUUUCUUGUAAUUAGCGGAUGUUUGUAGUGUGUGGAAGGAGACAUGUAGUACAAUGUGAUGUGUUUUCUGUGCGCGGUGGAUGGAUCUUGAUGUGUGUGUUCUAUUGUUGUUGCUCCAUGUGCGGUCUGGAUGAAUCGUCGCAGCUGUCUUACCGUGAAAAGACGGUACUGUGCUGUACUUUAAUAAACCAAUGAAAUAUUAUUUGUCGUGUCUGGUAAGGGAGGAAUUCCACCGUCAAUGUAGAAAAGAAACGCAAGUUCGACGGACAAUAAGACGCAGACAAAGUGUGACGAUUCCGGCCAGGUCCGUGCCUUUAGUACUUCACGCCAGCUUGACAAGACACCGGGUUCAUUUGCGCGACUAACGCAGACAAGACAAGACAGCAUGUCCGCUCCAGCAUCGUCCCCGAAGAAGGCCAAGAAGCCCGCGGCGCCCAAGGCCCCUGCGGCUCACCCGCCCACCACCGUCAUGGUUACGGCGGCCGUGGAAGCGCUCAAGGACCGCACCGGUUCUUCUCUGUCGGCUAUCAAAAAGUACAUCGCUGGCAACUACAAGUUUGACGUGGAGAAGAAAGCGCACUUCAUAAAGCGCGCCCUGAAAACCUUGGUGGAGAAGGGUACCCUCCUACAGGUUAAAGGGACCGGAGCGUCGGGGUCCUUCAAGAUCAACGUGGCUGCCAAGAAAGCCGCCGAGAAGGCGGCUAAGAAGGCCGUCAAGAAGCCAGUGGCUAAGAAACCCGUGGCUAAGAAGGCCGCAAAACCCAAGACAUCCAAGCCAAAGAAGCCCAAGGCGAAGAAGGCUACCACCCCCAAGAAGACGACGACCAAGAAACCGACCGCGAGCAAGAAAACCAAGAAAUCUCCUGCCAAGAAACCUGCUGCCAAGAAACCCGUCAAAAAAACUCCGACAAAGAAGACCACCAAGAAGACCGCGCCCGCCAAGAAGGCCUCCAAGCCCAAGAAGAAGUGAAGAUCUGACCGUUGUUUUUCCUGCAAACCCGGGCCCUUUUCAGGGCCAACCACAUCCUCACAAAAGAGCUAUCUCAAUCACCUAUCCACAUCAAUGCAUAUUAUCGUUUGAAAGAUAGAACACAUGGAAUAAAGAGGAAUAGAAAAGAAAAACAACUUUCCAUCAGUACAGCAACACCGCCCUCCCCAUUCCCUUGCUCACGUUAAAAUAUGACGCACAUACACAUACAGCAUUCACACACAGGCGCACGCACACACAUGUACGCACACACACACGAACACACACA